GGGACACCAGCCCCGGUGCCGCACCGCCCCUCCCUCGGCGCUGGGCUCCAGGCGGUGUCCGGGGCGUGGCCGCUCUCUCCAGAGCCCGUGUCCCAGGUCUGACCCGCCCACCCGAGAGCAAUUGGGGCUCUGCCUCCUGCCUGGAGGUCGGCUAAGUCUCUCCCCGGCCUGACUCUGGGGGCGGCCGGUGCCGCUGGCUGCGAGCCCCCCAGCGCUGGCGUUGGGGAGCUCCGGGCGCGGGGCCUACGCCAGAGGUUCGACUAGGGCGCACCGGCCCCCGACCGGACCAAGCCAGUCUUCCCAGCCCCACGCCUUUGGUGGAGGGAAGAGGGGGGCCCCGGGGUGGACGAGAAGAGCAGUUACUGGGGAAAAGGCGAGGCUGCAGGAGGGAGGAUCUCGGUCCUGGCUUUGAACCGGCAAGGAUAGAACCGGGUUUCACAUCUGGUGACCGACAGGUAGAUGAUCUACUGUCUUUAGGUAACCGAGGCGCUUUUCCUUGCAGGCUCAUUUUACAGCAUUUAAAAUAAUCACUUUACAGUCACCGGGUCUGUCCCUGACCUGGCAACGGUGUCAGUGCUUUGGCUGGGAAAUGAUGAACUGGCCCAUGGCGUUCUCAGCACGAACAAGGUCCCUUCAUUAUCUUAAAGUAACAGCACCUGCUUAAGAUCCACAGCAAGUGAGGUUUCUCCUUAAGUCUUUGAUACUUUGCCAUGCUUGGGAAGACAGUGCUUGGGUGAAGUCAACAUCCAGAAAAUACAUCUAGGAAAUUAAGAUUGUGAGGAAAUAGCCUAGAUAUCUUCUGCAUGAUGUCGAAGGUGAAAGGAGAAACAUAUAAUGCAGUUAGCCUCAUUUGCUGGUAGCUGAUUUCUUGUGCUCAAAUGACUUGCCUGUAGUCACAUGUUCGCAGUAGCCGAACCAAAUUAGAACCUGGGGGAUGUGGAGAGCCACUCUGGAAUUUUAUUCAUACCGAACUCCUAUGUAUAUGUCUAGUUGCAAAGUAAAGAAAAGUAGAAAGAAGGGUAAACGUCACAGGUUCAGGUCUCAGAGGUCACAGUAGAGUUUUGGCUUAUUCAUUAGCUUUUUCUCUAUUAUUUUUACACAGUUGAGGAAAUAUCAGAUAAAUAAAUAGCAUUGUUUAGCACUGUUCUAAUUAUAAAAUAAAGAUGUUUAUUGCACAGUUUGGUGUUAAUCUUGCUUGACUAGCACUGUCUGUGUGGAAUAUUGUUGGGGAGGAGUUGAUUACUCUGCAAAUUAAAAAAAUGAUGGCACCGGUCAUUCUUAAUAAGUUUUAAAGAUACAGAGAGCCAUUACUGUAGUAUUGGAAUUGAAAAUGUCUUAAGUCACUCUUUGUAGGUCUGCUUUUGUGUUCAGGGAAAAAAACAGUUUUUAUUAUUUCUUAGCCCAUUUUUUUCUUUCCAACCUGGUAAAACUGGAUUUCUUGACUUGAGUGUCAGUGUAAGGUGUCAGGGGUGUCAGUUUUCAAAAUUCCCAGAAAUAGUAUGCAACACUAUAUAUGCACAUACAUUAUUCUGUGAAUAAGGUCAGACUGUCAAAUGGAUCUGUAACGCCAAAAAGUUAAGAUCUACUGGCAUUGACACGUAGUCAUUGUUAAUAUUUGUCAGCACAGCUGUAAUUAUCGUUUUGAAUUGUGGUUGUAGUUGCCUCAAGUGUUGCUUCUGAACUGGUUGGAGAAAUACCAGGCUUGAAGCAGAAAUUCAGCUGAGAGAACUAAUGCAGAGCCAACAGCUUUGCCUGGGCUCUAGAAUCCUCUUGUAAAACAUACUUCAUUGGAUUUUCAAAUGUGUAAGGAAGUCUUUAAUUUGGGGUUCAGGAGUUAGCUUUAGAACAGUAUUUUUCAAAGUAAGAACCUGAAAAUUGUUGAAAAUGUAGAUUUCUGCCCUCAUACCUGGAGACCCAAUUUAGAUCUUGGAUGGAGCCGAAGAAUUUCCUUUUUAAAUCACGCCUAGUGAACUUUUUGCAUCCUCCGUUUUAAGAGAAGAGUCAUCAUUUUCACUAGAUUUGCAAAGGAAUCCAUGACUUGAAACGAGGUAAUGAAACACGAGUAUAAGGGAAAGCCACUUAUUGAUAACCUGGAGACUUCAAUAUAGGAAUCCUCUCAGAUUAUUCUUUCUUUAGCCAAGUCUUAUCACCUCACUACACUGUGUUUUUCCUCUUCAACUUACUGUUUCUCUUCAUCAAAAUCUUUUCAUUGUGCCUACUGAAACCUCAGUGUCAUAGAACAAACUUACCUACAUUCUUAAGAUAUUCACAUGUUUUCUUGACUUAAACUAAAUCCUGUUCCCUGUUGCUUACCUGAUAACUUUUCUUUCAUGAUUGUUCAUUCUGUUAGCUAGGAAAUUAAUUUUGCAGUUUUAAUUGAGUCCAGUGUUUGAACAAGAAAGACAAUUAUUUCUCAUGAAAGUCUGAAUUGGUAGGUGGCUGGCAGUGAAGAGGGUGGGUGGAGUAGGUAGCUCUGGUCCAUUAAGUCUUAUAAAACUCAUAUUCCAUCCAUCUUUUUGCUCCACCUCCUCCUCAAGUGUUGUCCUGGUAGAGGCUGUCUCACUGUCACACUGUACAUUCCAGUCCUUUGGAAGGGGAGAUGAAGAACUCGGGGGCAAACAGCUCCUUUUGAGAGAUGUGACCUGGAAGUUGCAUACACCUCUGUUACUCAGAUCCCAUUUGCUGUAAUUUAGUGACAGGUACACCUGCCUGCAAGGAGGGGGGGAAGCGUCUUUAGCUGGGUGGCCUUCUGGCCAGCUGAGAUUUCAAGCCUCUCUCAAGUAGAAGGGGAGUCUGGAUAUUGGAAGGUGUUAACAGUCAGUCUCGGCUACACUGGGCUACUUAAGUUCCCUGGUUUGAGUUAGUUUUAGAAAAUUUUUAAAUAAAAAUUGUUCUUUGGGCAAUUUUAUUUGUAUUGGCCUAUGUUUUAAGAUGUUUAUCUGCUAUAGCCCCUUGUUUCUAUUUUUGGUUUAUUGAUAUUUUUUCUUUUCUGACUGGCUGGUAGCUAGUAUAUUUCAUUAUUUAGAGAAUCAGCUUCUGCCUUUGUCAGCUGUUUUUGUUUGAAGUUUUCUUUUUCAUUAGUUUCUUCCUUUAUUGUUUAUUCCUUGUGACUCAAUGUUUUUUCUUCUUUAGUUGAAUGUAUAAUAUUUUCAUUCUUGUGUUACUUAAUGUAUUGGGAUACAAAUUGAGUCCCUUUAAAACUUUGGCAGUAACCCAUGAGUUUUUAAUUUAUAAUACUCUCAUUUUCUAAUUCACUGGCAAUUACAUUUUAAAGUUCUCUCUACUCGGGAGGGUCUGUUUUAAUUUCCAGGUGAUAGGUUUUUUUAAUUUUCUCCCUCCAGACUUCCAUUUACAUUUGUGAUUCUACUGUAUCAUGGUUAGAGAAUGUAGUACUUAAUUUUUUUUGAGAUUUUUCUUUGUGUUCGUUGAUCUUUGUGGUGUAUAAUUAAUUUUAGCAAAUGUUCCAUGAAUGCUUGAAAUAACUUUUGACUUUACAUUUCAGUAUACUCAUAUCUAAUUUCUAUCUCUUAUGUUCUUUGAAUUUAUAACAGCCUCGCUUUAUAUAUUCUUGUUUUUCAGGAGAUAGUGGUUGUUUACUGCAAGUAUUAUUUCAGGUGAGCUUCUGAUUGGCACAAACUGUAAGAUUAAAUUAAGUUAUGCUAUGUUUAUUAAGCAAAAGCUACUGAAUCUUAUGGAAGCAAGGUGCCCAUUCAGGGCAGGAGCAAAUUCAACUUGUUUAAUCAAAACAAAGUCCCUAAUCAAGGGAUCAGUCGUGCAACUGCUAGUAAAAACUUUUUGUAUAAAGUAGGGUUUCUGAAAAACUCAAAACUAGCUCUAUCACUGCCCUUUUAGACCCAAGGCUAAUACUACCAUUCUGGAGGAAUUUAUAUGAACAAUCUGUACCAUUUAGUUUUAAACAGUAUCGUUCAUCAGAUACCCCUGGUUCUUAAAUCAAACUCAGCAUCAGUUAAGGCCACGUCCUCAUUUAAGAAGGGGUUGGGGGAUGGGAAAUGUUGCCUAGACAUUCCUGAUAGGUUUAUUGGAUGGUCAUGUAUCUGGCCAUCGUGACUCAUAUCUUUGUAUUUUUUUGAUGGCUACCAAUCCGUUAACCCAUAUUUGCUGAUAACUAUUUUCUUAUUUAUUAUUAUUUGUAACUUUUCUGUCUCAUCAUGAAUUUAUGGCCUUUUUCUGUUAAUCAUAUUCAUUGUUUUAUUAUACUCUGAGUGCUAUUUUUCUUCUUUCCACAACUUUGAUGGAUCCUACUACAUGUUGUCAUAUCAACCUAUGUGUUUAAAUUGGCAGUGUUGAUCCCAAAUUUAGGUGUCUCCAUUUUUUCUUUAUUAUUAUGAACUUUGGCCCAAAUAUCCUAGAAUGAUGAUCUAUUUUAUUUAUUUAUAUUUUGUAGCAAGAGCUUUCUUUCUCUUUCUUUUCAUGCACAAAGAUACUUAUUACAUCAUUUUUUAUGUAAUAAGAUGUAAUUGACACAUAACAUUAGUUUCAGGUGUACAGCAUAGUGAUUUGGCAAAUAUAUAUUGCAAAGUGAUCACCACAAUAAGUCUAGUUUACAUCCAUCACCACAUGUCUUAUAAAUUUUUUUCUUAUGAUGAGAACUUUUCAAAUUUACUCUCUCAGCAACUUUCAAAUAUACAACACAGGAUUAUUAACUAUAGUCAACACACUGUACAUUCCACCCCAAGACUUACUUAUUUUAUAACUGGAAGUUUGUACCUUUGACCACCUUCACCCAUUUCUUUGUGUCCCAACCCCCACACACACACGUACACCUGCCUCUGACAACCACCAAUUUGUUCUCUGUACUGUGAGUUUGGGUUUGCUUUUGUUUAUUUGUUUGUUAAGAUUCCACACAUAAGUGAGAUCAUGCUUGUCUUUCACCGUCUGACUUACUUAACAUAAUUCCCUCAAGGUCCAUUCAUUUUGUCAUAAAUGGUAGGGUUUCCUUCUCUUUUGUGGCUGAAUAAUAUUUCAUUGUGUGUGUGUGUGUGUAUCACCACAUUUUCUUUCUCCAUUCAUCCACUAAUGAGCACGUAAUUUGCUUCUGUGUCUUGGCUACUGUAAAUAAUACUGCAGUGAAAAUGGGGGUGCAGAUAUCUUUUUGAGUUAGUGUUUUUGUUUGCUUUGGUUAAAUACCCAGGAGUGGAAUUGAUGGAAAAUAUGGUAGUUCCAUUUUUUAAUUUUUUGAGAAACCUGCAUUCUCUUCCAUUCUGGUUGCACCAAAUUACAUUCCCACUAACAGUUUCUCCACAUCCUCAUCAACAUUUGUUAUUUCUUGUUUUUCUGAAAAUAGUGAUUCUAACAAGUAUGAGAUGAUAACUCGUGGUUUUGGUUUACAUUCCCUGAUGAUUAGUGAUGUUGAGUUUUCCUAUUCCUGUUACCCAUCUGUGUGUCUUCUUUGGAAGAAAAUACAUAUUCAAAUCCUCUGCCCUUUUUUUAAAAUCAGUUUGUUUUUUGCUAUUAAGUUAUAUGAGUUCUUUACAUAUUUUGGAUAGUAACCCCUUAUCAGAUACAUGAUUUGUGCAAAUAUUUUCUCCCAUUUUGUAGGUGACUUUUUCAUUUUCCUGAUGCAGUCCUACUCACUUGUUUUGGGUUUUGGUGUCAAAGCCAGGAAGAAAUCAUCACCAAGACUGAUAUCAAGAAGCUUACCACCUAUGUUUUCCUUUAGGAGUUUUAUGAUUUCAGGUCUUAAAUUCAAGAGUUUAAUCCAUUUUCAGUUAAUUUUUUUUAAGAUAGUGGUCCAGUUUCAUUCUGUUGCAUGUGACUAUUCCAGUUUUCCCAGUACUAUUUAUUGAAGAGACAGACUAUCCUUGUAUAUUUCCCUGUUGCAUAUUCUUGGCUCCUUUGUCAUAAAUUGAUAUAUAUGCAUGGGUCUAUUUCCAGAUUCUCUCCUCUGUACUAUUGACCUAUGUGUGUUUUAUGUCAAUCCCAUAGUGCUUUGUAAUAUAGUUUGUAAUCAGGAAAUGUGAUGCCUUCAUUCUUCUUUCUCAAGAUUGCUUUGACUCUUCAGGGUCUUUUGUGAUUCCAUACAAAUUUCAGGAUCAUUUAUUCUAUUUGUGUGAAAAAUGCCAUUGGAAUUCUGAUAGGGAUUGCAUUGAUCUAUGGAUUGCUUUUGGUAGUACUCUUCCAAUCCAUGAGCAUGGAAUAUAUUUCCAUUUAAUCUCUAUAAUUUUCAGUGUACAGGUCUCUCACCUCCUUGGUUAAAUUUAUUCCUAGGUAUUUUAUUAUUUUUGACAUAAUUGUAAAUGAGGUUGUUAAUUUCUUUUUCAAAUAGCUCAUUAUUAGUGUGUAGAAACGCAACUGAUUUUUGUAUAUUGACUUUGUAUCCUGUAACUUUACUGAACUCAUUUAUUAAUUCUAACAGUUAUUUGGCAGUCUUUAGGGGUUUCUGUAUAUAUCAUCUUCAAGUAGUGACAGUUUUACUUAUUCCUUUCCAAUUUGGGUGUCUUUUAUUUCUUUUUCUUGCCUAAUUGCUCUGACUCAGACCUCUAAUACUGUGUUGAAUUAAAGUGGUGAGAGUGGGCAUCCUCAUCUUGUUUUGUUCCUGAUCUUAAAGGGAAAGCUUUGAAGCUUUCCACCAUUGAGUAUAAUGUUAACUGUGUUUAGUUUUUAUUGUGUUGAGAUACUCUCCUUCUGUACCCAUUUUGUUGAGAGUUUAUAUUAUAAGUAGAUGUUGAAUUUUGUCAAAUGCUUUUUUUGCAUUAUUGAGAUGAUACAUGAUUUUUACAAUUCAUUUUGUUAUAUGCUGUAUCACAUUGAUUUGCAGGUAUUGAACAAUCCUUAAAUCCCUGGAAUAAAUCCCACUUGAUCCUGGUGUAUAAUCCUUUUAAUGUAUUGUUGAAUUCAGUUUGCUACUUUGUUGGGGAUUUUUGCUUCUGUGCUCAUCAGGGAUAUUGGCCCCUAAUUUUUUUUCUUAUAAUAACCUUGCCUAGGUUUGGUAUCAAGAUAAUGCUGGCCUCAUAAAAUGAGUUUAGAAUUUUCCCUCCUCUUCUAUUUCUUGGAAUAGUUUGAGAAGUAUUAGUAUAUUUAAAUUCUUGUUUAAAUGGUAGAGUCCUCUUGUGAAGACAUCUGGACUUGAACUUUUGUUUGUUGGGGUAUUUUUUAUUACUGAUUCAGUCUUCUUAUUAGUACUUGGUCUGUUAGAUUCUCUGUUUCUUUGUAAUUCAGUCUGGUAGGUUGUGUGUUCAAGGAAUUUAUCCAUUUCUUCUAGAUUGUCCAGUUUGUUGGCAUGAUUUAUUUUAGAUCAGUGUGUCUUAAACUUUAAUAUGUGUAUAUGAGUCAACUAGGGAUCUUAUUAAAAGGCUAAUUAUGGUUCAGUAGGUCCUGUAGUUGGUCCUGAGAUUUUGCAUUUCUCAUAAACUCUGGUGAUGCUGCUGGUCUUCAAACUACAUGUUUGAACACAAACCUCUUGAAUGUGGAUUCUUAGAGGCAAAUUGUCCACUAAGGCAGGGACAGAUUCAGCAUAGGUUCCUUUGGACCCCAGAAGCCCUACAGGGUGGUAAAAAUGUUGAACUGCUUAGAAAACUGUCAUUAAAAAGUAGAAUUUCACAGGCUCUGGGAAGCUCAAUUCUCAUUGUGUUACUGCCCUGUUAUUUGUCAUUCUGCAGCUACACAUCUAAAAGAAGGUUUAUAAACAUCACACUAUUCUUGUUUUUGAACCAAACUUAGCAUCAGCAAGGCCAUAAACUUAAUCAAGGUAGAAAAAGCAGUUUGCUGCCCAGGGUGCCUGAACAAGAUUUUUGCCCUAUUUCUCCAGGGCAAAUAAUAUGAUUAUAUUAAGCAGCAUAUACCUUCUUUAAUUUUAAAAAACACUACUGCUUAGUGCUUUGUUCAUUUAAUUCCAUUUUCUUUUAUAUUUAUUGUUAUCCUUACUUCCUUUUUAUUUCGGUUUGCUUGACGGAAAGGGUAGAUAAAGAUCUGUUUGAAUAUGAGAUUUAGAGAGACAUGUCAAGGUUUCUAGUAGCUUUUAAGUGUGGAAGUUGUAGUGUUCUCUUUACAUAAAGUUGAGGUCUCUACAAUUUUUUGCAAAUUGACUCUUCACAGGAAACAUAGGAGAAAGAAUUCUUAGAAUUUCAUUUUUUAAUGAGUAGGUGAUUGUGCAAGGUUGAAUUAUUUUCUUUCAUAUCACACAUCAAGUUGAUGUAAUGGAAAAGGUAUGGACAAUGAUAGACUGAUUUGGAGUAAUGCAUGACCUUGGAUGAAUAGUUCAAUUUUUCUAAGUCUCAAUUUCUUCAUGUAUGGAACAGGAAUAUAAUUCCCAUUAAGUUGAUGUGAAGAUCAAAUAAGAAAAUAUUUCAAAGCUCUUUGGCCUCCUAGCCUUGACUACAUUUAAUGAUAUUAAAAUCUCAAAACAGGUAGGAGCAAGAAUCUUCUUUUCUCACUGAUCUUAGGGGUUAAUCUUAUAUCUGUUAGGAAAAUCAUGUUAACUUGUAAUGUCAGGAUUCCAACUUGGUGAGCCUGAGAUUUCCAAGGUAGGACUGGUUUUCAUGGCUUAUUUCUCUUUCUCAGAUAUGUCUUUGCAGGUCUCCCCUCUUUCCAGAGAGGGCAACACAGAAGAGAUUAUGGCUGCUGUGAUUUUUUCCGUUGGACCUCUGGGACUAUUCCCCUGUGCCCACCCUCAGUGAUCUCUUCUUUUCUACCCACUAAGAAGUGAUCAAGCUUAAUAGAUGACAUGGAGAGAAAGAAGAUGUUUAAGACACAGUGCUUGGCUGUAGGGAGCUUACAGUCCCAUUGAGGUAAGGAAUACAGAAGAAAUAGUUACCUAAUUUAUUUAGGUGAAUGAUAAUUGUUUAGUAUAAUGUAUAGAGGAGUGCUAUGUAAGGAAAGAAAUGGGCCAUUAGUAUGGGCAUAAAUUGGUCAUGGAAAGCUCAUAGAUAGUUGGGAUAGUUAAUGGUGGGUUGGAUGAUUAGUAGUACCCAAUUACAUGUAGGAUUUAAAUUGUCAUAAAGUAUUUGUAAGGUACUUCAGGUAAGAAGGGAGUUUAAGGGCAAAGCUGAGGUAGAGAACAGUGGGUGAGCUAGUGAUAUUCAAGGUGGAAAGUUAUGAAAGUUGGGACUGGAAAUUAGAUAUUUAAGGUGAAUCUUUUAAUGUUUUCCUGAAGACAUUUGUAUGAAUGUGUAUGUGUUUGAGAUGGGUAUUAAUGUGAUAAAAGCUGUGCUUUAGCAGUGAUUUUUGGAAAUAGAUUCAGAAGAAAGGCAGUACUGAAAAAUAUAAUUUGUUGUAGUAGUGAUCCAUAAUAGCCUGUAGUAGUGAUAUUUUAUUCUUUGUUGCCAAGAUGUAUAACAUGUAAAUAGCCCUUAAAACAUACCAUUGAAAAGAUAAAUAAAAACCAAAUGUUGCACUUGAUCAAUAGAUCCAAAAUAUUUGUCUAGUAUUAGCCUGAUCAAACAUCCCUAAUUCUCAGAGGUUGAGGUUCAUAUCGUUAUUAAUUUUCUGGAAGCCAAAUAUUUGUACUUUUUUAGAUAAGAACUUGGGAGGAGAUAAUUUAGAUACCACUUUUCUCAAUGGAAUUUAAAUAAUUUUAUUACCUAUUUUUAAAAAUGGCACAAAAUCAAAAAUUAGUAAGCAUACUACAGAAGGUAUAGUAAAAUUUCAUUUCACUUGUAAAAUCAGGCCCUUGUGUGGAUAUAGUUUAUAAAACUUGGGAGAAAAUGUCAUGAGAGGUCCCUGAAAUAUUUCCUGAAUGACUAUUGAGACGUGCCUGCACACCCACAGAGCUGUAAGGAUUUACCUCCUCUGUAGAAAACAUAUGGUGUUAGUAAGUUUUGAAUAUUAUUCUUGAGCAAGAUAGGUACUUUCUGAGAAACUGUUUUCAUCCCCAAGUGAAAAAUAAUUAUGUAGCAUCUGAGGACCCCUUAUUAUAAAUUUUUGUUUUGGAAGGUUCUUUGUUAGAAGCCUUUAAAAACCAUGCAGUUAUACUUUCUCCUACUUGUAUCUGUCAUCGUCUCAAAUGAGGGCAAAGAAGAUUAUGAUUGGAUGUUACUAUGAAACCUUAAUUUCAGCCCUAUGUAAAACAGUAAACCAGGUCAUGCUCUAUACACCACAUCCACAGUGGACUGGUGGUGACGGGUUGAGGCUCUGCUGUAGGUCAUAGGCAGCCUGUCCCUGAGUGGUCUUAUCCUGUAUCCCCUCAGAGUCCUGAAGUUUCCCGGUCAGGUGAAGAUCUUCACUUUCAGGAAGAAGAACCAGAAUUGGUAAAGGAUUCAGUGACAUUUAAAGAUGUGGCUAUAGACUUCACAUUAGAAGAGUGGAGGUUGAUGGACCCUUCACAGAGGAACCUGCACAAGGAUGUGAUGCUAGAAAAUUAUAGGAAUCUUGUCUCCCUGGGGCUUGCAGUUUCCAAACCAGACAUGAUAUCUCAUUUGGAGAAUGGGAAAGGACCAUGGGUGGUAGUGAGAGAAAUUUCAAGACCUCCCUAUCCAGAGUUGGAGACCAAACCUGCAACCAAGAAUGUUAUACCAACAGAGGUUAUUUCUGAAGACUUAUCACAGGACACCAUAGUAGAGAAGUUCACAGGGAAUAGUCUAUGGGACUCUACAAUCGCAAGAAUAUGGAACUGGGAUGAAAGGAUAUUGAGAUCACAAAAUAGUCAAGAAAGUCAUUUGAGUCAAAGAAUAGUUACACCAAAAAAAACUCCCACAAGCUUUAGAUUUGGAUCUAUUCCUUUUUCAAAACCAGGAGUUAUCUCAGAAGAGCCCCACAGCAAAUUCCAGACACAUGAGGAAAUUUUCACUGAGAAUUUGAUUACAAAUAUCCAUCUAGGGAAGAACAUUUGCAAUGAUACAGAAGCCGGCAAGUCCAUAAGGCCUACUUCAGAACUUACUUUAGGGAAAAAACACAGUAAUAAAGAAAAACCCUAUAAAUGUAGUACAUGUGAAAAGGCUUUUUGUUAUAGGUCAUUACUCAUUCAACAUCAGAGAACCCAUACGAAAGAAAAACCUUAUGAAUGCAAUGAAUGUGGGAAAAUGUUUAGCCAGCCUUCAUAUCUUGGUCAACAUAAAAAAAUUCACACUGGAGAAAAACCCUAUAAAUGUAAUGAAUGUGGAAAGGCCUUCAUUGCUUCUUCAUCACUUAUGGUACAUCAGAGAAUUCAUACUAAGGAGAAACCUUAUCAAUGCAAUGUCUGUGGAAAAUCUUUUAGCCAGUGUGCUCGUCUUAAUCAACACCAGAGAAUUCAAACUGGAGAGAGGCCUUAUAAAUGUAAUGAAUGUGAGAAAGCUUUCAGUGAUAAAUCAAAACUUGCAAGACAUCAUGAAACUCACAGUGGAGAGAAACCCUACAAAUGUAAUGACUGUGGGAAAGCCUUUAGGAAUAAGUCAUAUCUUAGCGUACAUCAGAAGACACAUACUGAAGAGAAACCAUAUAAAUGCAAUGAGUGUGGGAAAUCUUUCAAGAAUACCACAAUUUUUAAUGUUCAUCAAAGAAUUCAUACUGGAGAGAAACCUUUUAGAUGUAAUGAAUGUGGGAAAGCCUAUAGAAGUAAUUCAAGCCUUAUUGUACAUAUAAGAACACAUACUGGAGAAAAACCCUAUGAAUGUAAUGAAUGUGGGAAAGCAUUCAAUCGCAUUGCAAAUUUCACAGAACAUCAGAGAAUUCAUACAGGAGAAAAGCCCUAUAAGUGUAAUGAAUGUGGGAAGGCAUUCAUUAAUUAUUCAUGCCUUACUGUACACCACAGAAUGCAUACAGGAGAAAAACCUUAUAAAUGUAAUGAAUGUGGAAAGGCCUUCAUGCGUUCUUCAUCUCUAAUUAUACAUCAGCGAAUUCAUACAGAAGAGAAACCUUAUUUAUGUAAUGAAUGUGGGGAAUCUUUCAGAAUAAAAUCACACUUAACUGUACAUCAAAGGAUUCAUACUGGAGAGAAACCAUAUAAAUGUACUGACUGUGAGAGGGCAUUUACAAAAAUGGUAAAUCUCAAGGAACAUCAGAAAAUUCAUACUGGAGUGAAACCCUAUAAAUGUCAUGAUUGUGGAAAAUCCUUCAGGACUAAGUCAUAUCUUAUUGUACAUCAAAGGACCCAUACUGGAGAAAAACCAUACAAAUGUAAUGAAUGUGAGAAAGCUUUCACUAAUACAUCACAACUUACUGUGCAUCAAAGAAGGCAUACUGGGGAAAAACCCUAUAAAUGUAAUGAUUGUGGGAAGGUUUUCACAAGUAACUCAGGCUUUAAUACCCAUCAGAGAACACAUACUGGAGAGAAACCAUUUAAAUGUAAUGACUGUGGGAAGGCAUUCAGCCAGAUGGUACAUGUCACAGAACAUCAGAAAAUCCAUAGUGGAGAGAAACCCUAUAAAUGUGAUGUCUGUGGAAAAGCCUUCAGGAGGGGUUCAUACCUUACAGUUCACUGGAGAACACAUACUGGAGAAAAACCCUAUAUGUGUAAGGAAUGUGGGAAAGGUUGUAUUACUCUAUCACAGCUAACUCUACAUCAGAGAAUUCAUACUGGUGAGAGGCCCUAUAAAUGUGAAGAAUGUGGAAAAGCCUUCAGAACUAACUCUGAUUUUACUGUACAUCUGAGGAUGCAUACUGGAGAAAAACCCUAUACAUGUAAGGAAUGUGGAAAAGCCUUUAGGAGCAGCUCAAGCCUUACUGUACAUCAAAGAAUACAUCAGAGAGAAAUGCAGUUAAUAUAGAGAACAAUGAAUCAUUCACCCAGAUGUCAGGUCCCCAAAAAUAAUAAACUAAUUUUUAUGAAUGUGGAAAAACUUUCAGGAGCAAUUUACCAGAAAAUACAUACUAAAGAGACACUAUAAAGAUAAGAAUAUGGGAAAGCAUUUAGUCAUAUUAAACCUUAGAAGUUAUAGGAAAAUUCACAACAGAGAAAAAUACCAGACAAAUAAAAGCCUUCAUCCAGAUUUCAUACUUUAUUCAUUGAACAAAUUA